GUUUGCCCGCUGUUGUGCAUGCGCACCCAGUUGAACUAUAGCUAGGAUAACUAGCUCAUGUUUGUAAGCUAAAUUGCGAUUUUGCUUUGUUUCACUGUCCGUAAAGUAAAUAACAUGAUACGCAGGACUCGACCAAAAAUGUGCUACAAAGAGCCGUCAAUGGAGGAGGAUGACUUUGAGGACCUGCCAAAGGAAGAGGGUGCGGAAGACGAGGAGGAGGAGGAGGAUGCGGAGGAAGAGGAGGAUGCCUGGCAGCCUGAGGCCGUGGCCCCAAAGAGGCCGAGGAAGGCUGCCCCCGCCCCCAAGAAGCCCGCCGAAAAAAAGCCGGCGGUGAGGAAGCCGGCCAAACCCAGGGCCCCCAGGGAGCCCAAACCCAGGGCCCCCCGGAAGGUGGCUGAGAAGAGGCCCCGGGCCCCCAGGGGGAAGAAGAAGGAGGCGGCUGCCCUGGAGCAGGAGGCCGCGGGAGGGGAGGAGGCCGGGGGCAUCGCGGGCGAUGCAGCGGCACCACACCUCCCAGUCAAUGUCAAAGAGGAGAGGCUGUCAUUCCGAGUGCCCGAAAGUGGGCCGUCCCAGGAGUUCCCCUCCAAUCAGCAGUCGCUGCCGGUGAAGAAGGAGGAGCCAGAGGACGACUUCACCUUCGGCGAGCCGGUCGCCAAGAAGCUGAAGACCAGCGAGGCGCCCCAGGGCCGGCCGCUCAGGCAGCCCAAGGCGGGGAAGGGCCUGCCCUACGACCUGCAGAUGAACUGGGACCCCAUCCAGGUGCUGUCGGAGAUGACGCAGGUUGAGCGCUGGGUGUGUGCGAACAUGGUGGACCUGUUCCGCGAGGAGAACACCAUCCCCUUCAUGGUGCGCUACAGGAAGGAGCUCAUCAACCACAUGGACGCUGACGGAGUCCGGGAGGUCCAGCUCGUCCUGGAGGACCUCUGUGCGGUGUCGAAGAAAAGCCAGUCCAUUAGCCAGACUCUGAAUAAGGAGGGGGUUCUGACCUCAGAGAUCCAGGAGAUGCUGAAGAACUGCAGAACCCAGGAUGACCUGGAGCACGUGUACGCUCCCUACAAGAAGGGCAGUAAACUGUCGAAGGCUCGGAGGGCCAAACAGCUGGGUCUGGAGCCUGCGUCCAUAGCCCUGUUACAGGACCCCCAAAAGCUCAACCUGCACGCCUAUGUCAAUCCUCAGAGUGAAGGUCUGACUACUCUGGAGGAGGUGGCCACGGGCGUAGCACAGAUUGUGGCUGACACCAUCGCCAAGGACAAAGAGACGCUAGCUUUCGUUCGCUCGCUGUGCGAGCGUAACCAGGUGACGCUGCACUCCUGCGUCUCCAAGACGGCCCUGAAGGAGCAGCAGCAGCCAAUGGGGGAGCGGAAGGGCAAGCCCAAAGACAUCGACAAGUUCCACCUGUACUGCGACUUCACCAGCAACGUGCAACGCAUCCAGCACCACCAGACGCUGGCCAUUAACCGAGGGGAGAGUCUGAAGAUCCUGACAGUGAAGGUCAACAUCCCUGACAGGGUGAAGAGCGAGUUCUGUAGGUGGUGUGUCAACGUCAGAUGGAGGCCGAAUGGAUAUGCCAGUAAUGAGCUCAUGAAGAUCUUAAAUGAUGCGGUGGAAGACUCGUACAAACGACUCAUACAGCCCCUGCUCUGUAGAGGAUAUAGGAGCACGCUGACGGCCAGCGCGGAGAAGGAGUCCAUCGCCAUGUUCGUGCGUAACCUGCGGCAGCGGCUGCUGGUGUGUCCCGUGCGCGGGCGCCCCAUCAUGGGCGUGGACCCCGGCUUCCGCCACGGCUGCAAGCUGGCCAUCCUCUCCCCCACCAGUCAGAUCCUGCACACUGACGUGGUGUACCUGCACCAAGGGGGCGGGGCCAGGGAGGCAGACAAGCUGCGCUUUCUUAUGAUGAAGUACAGCUGUCAGACCAUUGCCAUCGGCAACGGGACGGCGUGUCGGGAGACGGAGGAGUUCUUCGCUGGUCUCAUCGCCAAGAAGUUCUUCCUGCCUCUGGAUGUGUCUUACUGUAUUAUAAAUGAAGCGGGGGCUUCCAUCUACAGUGUGAGCCCAGAGGCGGUGAAGGAGAUGCCUGACCUGGACCCAAAUAUCAGGAGCGCAGUUUCCAUUGGGAGGCGAGUUCAGGACCCGUUGGCCGAGCUGGUUAAAAUCGAGCCCAAACACAUCGGCAUCGGGACCUACCAGCACGACGUGUCGCAGACGGCUCUGAAGGCGGCCCUGGACAGCGUGGUGGAGGAGUGCGUGAGCUUCGUGGGAGUGGACAUCAACAUCUGCUCCGAGACCCUGAUGAGGCACGUGGCGGGCCUGAACGCGGGUCGGGCGAGGAGCAUCGCGGAGUGGCGGGAGAAGAACGGGCCCUUCCUGAACCGCGAGCAGCUCAAACUGGUGAAGGGCCUGGGGCCCAAGAGCUUCCAGCAGUGCGCCGGAUUCAUCCGGAUCAAUCCGGAAAACCUCCAGAGCUGCAGCAGCAGGGCGGAAGCAGACCCGGCCGCGGUGCCUCCUGAGAAAGCUCCUCCCAAAAGAGGGAAGGGAAAGGCCCCGUCCACCGGUACGGCCCGACCCAACCCGCUGGACCAGACCUGCAUCCACCCCGAGUCCUACUGCAUCGCCAUGAGGUUCCUGCAGCACAUCGACGGGCGUGUGGAGGACACGGGCCGGCCGGAGCUCAGGCAGCGGGUGGAGGGCAGCGUCCGGCGGCUGGGCCUGGAGCCGCUCGCCAAGACGCUGGACACCACCCCCGAGACCCUGCAGCUCAUCGUGGACGGGCUGACACAGCCGUCCGGCUUCGACAUCCGCCAAGGCUUUGAGCAGGCGGACUUUAAGCGGGGGAUCGUGUCGAUGGGGGACCUGCGGCCGGGCGUGGUCCUGACGGGUCGGGUGGAGAACACCGCGCUGUUCGGGGCGUUCGUGGACAUCGGCGUGGGCCGGUCGGGUCUGAUCCACAAGAGCAGCAUCACGCUGGAGAAGCUGCCCGCUGACCUGCGCCGGCGCAGCCUGGCCCUGGGGCCCGGGGAGCGCGUGGAGGUCCGGGUCAUCAACGUGGACGCGCAGCGCGGACGCAUCGGCCUGGACCUCAUCCGCCUGCUGCGCUAGGAGCCUGAGCCCAAAUAAACACACACACACGUAUACAUACACAGAUAACCACACACACACAUAUACACACACACACAUAACCACACACACACACACACACAGAUAACCACACACACACACACACACACACACAUAAACACACACACAUAACCACAUACAUACACACACACACGUAUAUACAUACACACAUAUAUAUACACACAUACACACACACAUAUACAUACACACACAUACAUACACACACAUAACCACACAUAACCACAUACACACACAUACACACACACACAUAAACACAUACACACACAUACACACACGUAUACAUACACACACAUACACACACGUAUACAUACACACAUACACAACCACGUACACACACACACACACACAUAACCACAUACACACAUAUAUACAUACACACACACACAUACACACACAUACACACAGAUAACAACAUAAACAUACACACACACACACACACAUAACCACAUAACCACACAUACACACACAUGUACAUACACACACACACAUGUACAUACACACAUACGCUUGUGCGCACACACACACUCACACACACACAUAACCACAUACACACACAUACACACACACACACACACACACAAAUACACACAUAUACAUAACCAGACACACCCACCCAUAAAUCCACCCACACACACACACACACACGCACACACACACACACACACAUACAUAACCACAUAUACACACGCGCACAUACAUAUAUACAUACACACAUACACACACAUGCAUAACCACAUACACGCACACACAUACACACAGACACACACAUACAUACGCAUUUACAUACACAUACACACACACAUACACAUUUACAUACACACACACAUACGCACGCACGCACACACACACAUAACACACACAAACCUCAUACAUAUGUACAUAGACACAUACCGCAUACCCACGCUCAUACCACAUAAACUUUCAAUCCAACUGGUUUUCAACUUUAUGAACUGUUACGUCCCACCUUGGAGCCCUGGAGGCCAUUUUAUGGACAGCAUGUUUGGCAGUGAAGACGGGUGCAGGAGCUAAACGAGUGUGCCUUCUCCAGGUGUUCUGGGUUCAGUUGUUUCAUGCAUUUGAGUGAAUAAAAUCCCUCCCCUUCACUUCUGAAACAGAAAUGUACAUGUUGUCUUUGAAUAGAAAUGUUGUUUUACAUAAAUAUGUUAGUGUGUGUGUGUACACAUUGUUUUUCAAUUGAAAAGGAAUAUUGUUUUACAUAAACAUGUUGGUGUGUGUC